AUGUCUCAAGAAUAUCCACAACAUAAUAAUUUGCCAUCAAGUCAAGUAUCUUGGAGUUUCGUUUCUAAUAAUGAUAAUUUGUUGGAUGAUGAUGAUAAAAGUUAUUUAUAUUCAUGCGCAAGUGACAAGUCAUGGAGUGUUCUGGGUGGAAGCACUCAAGAAAUUUCCAAUUCAUUAAAUUAUGGCUAUCAACAUAAUUAUGAUGAUAAUGAUAACUCCACUAUUGUUGAUUCACUCAAACCCGAAUUUGCACCUUCUAUCAACAAUGAAUCAACUAAAGAUUUUCUUGAAGAUACUUUUAGAUAUGAAAGAAGAAAUCCGGAAGAUUACGUCGGUCAUCCAAAUAUUCCUUUAAAUCAGGUUGUACUUCAUGAAGACAAGAAAUAUCAUCCAAGUGCUAAAGAAGUUUAUGUGAGAAAUAUUGCUAUUGUGGGUCAUGUACAUCAUGGAAAAACAUCAUUUGUUGAUAUGUUGAUAUAUGAAACACAUAAUUCUGGAGCUUGGGAUGUUGAUAAACAGAUAAAAAGUACAAUAAUAAUAAUUUAUAUAGGAAUGUUACUGAUACAUAUAUUAGAAAGAGAUCAUGGUGUUAAUAUAAAAGGCAUGCCAAUAACUCUCGUUUUGCAAAAUACCAAAGAAAAAUCUUAUCCAUUCAAUAUUCCAGGUCAUGCUGAUUUUGUAGAUGAGGCUACAGCUGAACUUAGAUUAGCUGGUAAUGCUAUCAAAGGGGGCAGACAACAAGGUAGAAGCAUCAAACAUUUACUGUAUAAGUCAGGAAGCUCAUACUUUCAUGCAUUGCUAUCUCAAGAUAAUAAUAAAAUACUUAACUCUAGGAUCAGAAAAAACUUUUUCCUAAAAGACAACAAAAAUUUGGUAAUAAAAACGAUGAAAAUCUUUGAUAGUGAUACCAGUGAUAACAUUAAGCGUGGCAAUAGUGCUAUUUCUUCCUGUGAAAUUACUGUGGUUAGAAUGUAUAAAAGAUCAAAGAAUUUGCUAUAUGAAUAUAUGCCUCAGAACAUAUGGCGUCAUAAUUUUAUUCUAGAUUCAGAUAAUUAUUUCUAUGCAAAUGGUAAAAGAUUUACAAAAGAAUCCGUGAAUUUUGCGAUGCAUGCUACUAUCAUUAAGGGAUAUGAGUCUGGAUUUUCAUAUAGAGAAUGGUGUAAUGUCAAUUUGUGGGAACUCAUCUUAGAUCAAUACUUUCCAGAUAUCUUGGAUGUAGAAGAAGUUCGCGAAGAGUCCUCUAGUUAA